AUGCCAAACUUGAACAGCGCGGAUGAUGUGACGACACCUCUCUCGGGCUCUCUUCGUCGCCAGGGCAAGGAACAUAGCCGGGAUGAAAGACGAUCGACUGGACAAACCCGUGACCGCAACACCGCAACUUUUCCGCAUCGUCGUUCUCAGACGAGGGGCAAACGCAAUGCGAACGAGUCACGGUGCACGCAGUGUGCUGCGUCUGGCAAGAGCUGCGACGGCGUGAAACCUGUGUGUGGCAGGUGCCUCAGACACCAGGGCAGCUGCGCGUGGCCUGAGGACGUUGUCUCUGCAAGAGGGUCGCUCAAUGCUGCGAGGUCGGAGAUAAGUGGAGAGAGUCCGCGUCGCAGCUUUUCUGGUGGAAAGAGCAUGGCCGAAAUUCAACGAGAGAUUCGAGGAGGAGUUAUGCCGAAGAACCUCAGUGGAGGCCAAGACCAUCAGCAAUCCAUGCCGAAUGUGACCAUGCCACCGAAUCUUUCAGUUGAUCGACAUAUGCCAGAAAGCCUCCCGGACGCAAUGCGUCUCGAACAAAUCCGACAAAGAGUCCUUCAGAGCACCAGAGCUUAUCUAGGCACCGAUCCCCGUUUGCACCAGAAUGCACAGGAGCCACGAGGUGAGGCUGACGAGAGACAGGUGUGA